UCUCAAGAGUUUAGAGAAACUUAUAAUUGAUUCGACCAAUGAAGACGUGUGUGCUAUUUUCGUCGAUGCUGUGAUAAUCAACCGGAAGUGGAGAAAUUUUACUAGGAAAAAGACGAGUGUAUUGAAUAUUGUCUUAAACAUGUUAAUCAAAGUAAAGACAUUAACUGGAAAAGAGAUUGAAAUAGACAUAGAACCAACAGAUAAGGUGGAAAGAAUAAAAGAAAGAGUGGAAGAAAAAGAGGGAAUUCCCCCACCACAACAGAGAUUGAUCUUUAGCGGUAAACAAAUGAAUGAUGAAAAGACAGCGGCAGAUUACAAAGUGACGGGAGGAUCAGUAUUACAUCUUGUUCUAGCUUUACGAGGAGGAGUGUAGUAGAUAUGACUCAUGCCAUCAUGUUGUUAUGUCAUCAUGGAACACUAUCAUCUAUUCCACAUCUAGGAUUGUUAUUAUAGACCGACGAAUAUGAUUGACAGAUAAAAUUUAUGAUACUUUGGGGUAAUAAAAGUACUAAAAGUACUUGAAUAGUGAAAUGUAUUAUUUGGUAUUUGUAACUUUCCAGCAUUUUCUUUGAAAUAUUUGAUUUUUUGUGAUAAGUACUUUCACCACUAUAUUAGUUCAGUUUUGAUUAUGAUAAAGAGUAAAGUUUGAUCUUUUUGUUUUACUUCUAAAUAGUUUUCAAAGAAAUUUAAGAUUAGGGAUAUACAUUUGAAAGAAUGAACUUUCAAUUUCUUUUAUUGUUUAUGUAUUAAUGUACAUUUUUUGUAUAAAUAAUUUAGAUUAA